UUCGAGCAAGGAUUUAAAUCAUAACAACCAGACUCUUGAGUGCCAAACAAGUCUUUAAAGUCAUUAAUGACUAAAGCUACCGUUAAACAUGUCCAAUAACAAAAUACUGGAUAAUGCAAAUCGACUGUGGAAAAUGUUAGACGAAAUGUCUGAGAAUGACCCAGUUUGCUACCAAAAAUUUAUUAACAGACAAAUGGAGUCUUUUCACAAAACUAUAUCUCCACCUAUCAUAAGAUUUGUUGUUAAACUUACCCAAAAAUUGAACGAACAACCUUUAAUAGUCAACUUUUGUGAAUGGUCAAUUAUUCCAGAACCUGAAUCAUCAGAUACUCCAAUUCCUGUGAAAUGUGGUGACAUAUUUAUGAUAAACGAAGUGAAUGCUAUCACAUUAACUUUCAAUCCAAAAGUAUUUAUUGAGCAUAAUUUUAAUGAAUCAUUGAAAAAUGAUCAAAUACAUAAUGAAGAAAUAGUUUAUUGCCAAUCUAUACACAAUGAUAAUCGUUAUCAACUUAUUUGGCUUGGUUUAAAUUAUUUAGAAAAUGAAAAAUCUUUAACAACAAUUGAAUCUUAUAGUGUAAAAUAUUCUAAUAAUCCUAUACGUCCAAAAUUAUUAAAAUCAUCUAAUAAAUAUGGAAGUGAACAACAAGUAUUUAAAUCAAUUGGUUAUUUCAUUAAACCAAUUAAAACAAAUAAAAAAAUUAAUCAUGAAGUUGAUUGGAUAAAAAAUUUAACACCAGAAACUUUAAUGGAAUUAAAAAAUUAUAGAUCAACUGUGAAUGAUGAUGAUGAUCAUGCUGUUAGCGAUCAUGAUAUUGAUUUAUGUUCGAGUUCAUUAAAAUCAUUUAAACUUUCCACAGAUCAAUCAAACUAUGAUCAAAAAUCAUCAUUUAGUUCAAAUGAGAAAGUUCUGAUUGAAGAGAUAAACGAAACAUCAGUGAAUUCACAUGAUACAACAUUAGGAAUCAUAAAUUCAAUUUCAUGGUCCGCUAAAGUAAUUAAUUCUAAUUUAACUAAACAAUCAAAUAAGGUGAAUCAAUUGAAAUUAACUUUCGCAUUACCCGGUAUAAAGUCUGGGAAACAGUGCAACGUCGAUUUAACAAUAGGAUUCAUUCAAAUAACCUUCUGUUUGUUACAUGGGCUCUGAAAAUGCAAAUGUUAAGAUGUGUAACAAUGAAUCAGUUAUUUAUUACUCAGUAUGAAGUUGUGGAGAUUGUUGAGGUUUUAACUGAAAUCAUGAAUCGAUCAAUGUUAGACCACAAUUGAAAACCUGGAAGCACUGGACAGUCGUUUCGCCCAAUUGCGUGACUCCUCGUCAGUACUUAUCCACGUUACCGCGCACGGGACUCAGAGCCAAGACCUUUGAUCUCGCGCGUGAACGUUUAAACUCGAGACCACUGAGCCAGCACGAAGUAGUGAUAAUGCCUAACUUCAACCAAUCUACAAUAUUGCGCAAUCAUCUGUUAUUGUCUUCGAAUCGAGUUAAAUUGGAAGUUAUGGAUUCAUCCGUUGGAUUUCAUCCGUUAGAUCUUCUUUUACCUUGUAAAAUUGAAACUGAUUUAGCAGAAGCAAAAUUCAAUUCGAAAAAAGAAAAACUCAUUAUACUUGUUCCAAUAAUUUCAUCUUCAUGAUUAAUUUUAUCUGUCAACCAUUACGUAAUAUAUAUAAUGAAAUGUAAAUAUAGUAAAAAUGCUUAAUGACC